GAAAAUCACCAAAGCCAUCGCAAAGCGCGAUAAUAAUUCGAAUUAUAUCGAAACAAUCCUAAUACAAAAAACCGGCAAUAUGGUAUCUCAACCCCAAACCGUCAACGUUCUGUUGACUUCAUUUCCUGGCUUGAAUCUACCUUCGACUCUAUCCCUACCUCUGCCUACAACCACCACCAUAUCAGAGCUUCAAAACAAACUUUAUGAGCGCAUUCCAUCUCAAGAUCGUCGCCUUAUUCUCACAACCAUCUCGAAUAAGUUGCUGUCCGCCGAAUCAACCUCUCCAAUAUCAGAUUUACUAUCAAAUCCGGAUGAUGAAUUUCUAUCUCUACGACUUUCAGCGCGAUUAUGUGGUGGCAAAGGAGGGUUUGGAUCUCAACUUCGUGCCGCUGGAGGCCGUAUGUCCUCGAAACGUAAGAAGGGACAAGGUGAUCAAAACGGGUCGAGUCGAAAUUUGGAUGGCCGCAGAUUAAGAACAGUUAAUGAAGCAAAGGCACUAGCUGAAUACCUAGCAAUCAAGCCGGAAAUGGCAAAGAAAGACAAGGAAGAGAGAAGAAAGCGAUGGGAACAAGUUGUGGAAUUGGCAGAGCGAAGAGAACAGGAAAUUAAGAAUGGUACCAAAGGAAAGGUAGAUGGUAAAUGGGUUGAGGAUAAGGAGGAAGCCGGAGAGAGAACGCGUGAGGCUGUUCUCGCGGCUAUGAAAGCUGGGAAUUAUAAGGAUAAUUUGUUGGCAACUUCUUCGGGUAGUGGCUCAGGAACCGAUGGCUCUGCUAGUGAAGAAGAUGAGAUAAUGGGUGGUACAGAUUCAAACGACAUAUCUCCACCAUCCGAAUCUACACCCGGUAAACCGAAGGCUAUGAAUUUCUUUGGCUUUGAUGAGGACGACGAGUUUAUGAGUGAUGACGACGAGGAGGAGGAGGAAGAGGAAGAGGAGGAAGACGAAGAUGAUAUAGUCGAAGUCAAGAAGCCUGAGAUACCCGUGGAAGUUGAGGGAGAGGGAGAGGAAGCAGAAACAGAAACAGAAACAGAAGCAGUUGCAGUAGCAGAAGAGGAUGAGGUUGAGGAAAUUACCAAAGAACCAACACCACCACCUGCACCUGCUCCAACCAAAGGCAAAGCUCGAUCAAGGAUACCCGUCAAAUCACAAGCAAAGGCACCUGCAAAAUCUCCCGCAAAAGGAAAAGGAAAAGGCAGGGGGAAAGCCAAAUGAUACAAGCUUUCCUAUACAUUGAUAUUAUAGCGCGGCGUUUGGGAUUAUAGUUUCUAGCGGGAUAUUCACGGACUGCACAUAUAGCGAUCACUAUAAACUGAACCACAAUUAAUCUUCAACCUACCGAUACUGAGAAUACUGGUGAACAUGUACAGACUACUUCCUCUUAUUCACACACUCACCUCUACUCCGCUUCUCACCCUCUUCCACUCCCCCUCUUCCACUCUCCCUUUCCCUCUUGAACUUUCACUGAGAUUUCACUCUAUGCGGACCAACUACUUUUCUGAAAUAUAAGAAAAUAUACCGUCUGCA